CCACGGCAGUACAGCCCGUCAAGCGCCGAGCUUGGAUUGACAAACAUUACACCCGACAGCUCCGCCCGGGGCACCCAACAGCGCAACUGACGUGGUGUACCUCUGCUCUGCAGAGGGCGGGGGGCGCAGCGUGCGUGCGUGUGCCUGUGGCCGCCAGAUUGGGUCCUCGCGCCGCCACGCACGCAGCAGCAAUGCGUCUGGCCGUGUUGCUCCCGGUCACCAGCCGCGGCUGUCACGACGCCGCCGACGUGCGGGCGCUGUUCCGCCGCCUGCAGCGCCUGAGGCACUCCCUGGAAGACGACCACCCGGCAGCAGCAGAAGCAGCAGCAGAAGCAGAGCCGCCGGGCACCGGACCUGGCAGUAGCGGCAGUAGCAAUGGCGGCGGUAGCGGCAGUGCUGAUGGGGGCGAUAGCAGUAGUAGCAGCUGGGUCACGGCAGAUCUCGUGUGCGUGUGCCUGGGUAUAGACGAGGAUGACCCGUGGCUAAUGGCGGCCGAGCUGCCGGCAGCACCAGCAGUAGCACCACCAGCACCAGCAGUAGCAGCACCAGCACCAGCAGGCCCCGCCAAGGCGGCGGACGGCAGUAGCAGCAACCACACCACCUCCAAGCAGCUGGCGCCCGGGCAGCAGCAGGCCGUGCCGCCGCCGCCGCCCUCCCGCACGCGCCGCUGCUUCCUGACGGGCGCGUUCCCCGGGCUGGACGUGCGGCUGGUGGUGUUCACACGCGCGGAGCUGGAGCGGCAACAGGGCCCGGGCGGCGCGCCGCCGCUGUGCUGGAUGUGGGAGCGGCUGGCAGUGGAGGCUGUGCAGCAGCAGGCCGCCACACACGUGGUACUGCUGGGUGACGACACGCACGUGGAGCCACGCGGCUGGCCCCGCCUGGUGCUGCAGCGCUUCGCCGCCUGCUGCCCCCCGUCGCCACCACCCCCGCCGCCGCCAUGUCCCAACCCGCCACCUCCACCUCUUGCGGCACCCGCUGCCCCUGCCCCUGCAGCACCUGCUCCUGCACCUGCUUCUCCCGGCACCUGCUCCACAUCAACACAGCCACCACCAGCACCAACACCAACAGCAUCACCACCAGCCCCACCCCCACCAGCACCAGCACCAGCACCGGGCCCGCCGCUGCGCUGCCUGCUGCUGCUGGACGUCGCCGACCCCGGCUACCCCUCCUUCCCCGUGCUGCACGCGGCGCCGCACCUGGCGGCCUUUGGCGGGCGGCUUUUCCCGGAGCGGCUGUUCGUCAACCAGAUGGCCGACCCCUUCCUGUCCGAGCUGUACCGGCGCCUGGGCGGCAUGGCACUGGAGCGGCGGGUGCGGGUGGCCAACGCCACGGGCGGCAUCCAGCUGCCGGACGCGGGCGCCGCCUACGUGCCGCCCAGGUACAGGCGCGUGUAUGCGCCGCUGCAGGCCGUGCUGGCGGCUUUGGAGGAGUGGACGGCAGUGGGUGCUGCGGCCUGGGGCCUGGCCCCGGUGACCUCGGUGGAUGUGCUGGUGCCGUGUGGCCGCGGCCGCGGCUCCGAGCUGAGGACAAUCGUGGAGCAGUGCAGCAGUAGGGUGUCGCCGGGCAGCGGUGUGGAUGUGCGAUUCGGAGUAAUCGUGGACACGCCGCAGCCCCUGCUGGCGGCGGCGCCCGUCAGUGGCGCCGAUGGCGGCGGCGGCCCUGGCGGCGGGGGCGGCGGCGGCCGGGCGGAGCUGGAUGCGCUGCGGGACGAGCAUCUGGGUCGCAUGCGGCUGCGGUACAACGAGGCCAACCUGGGCGCCUCCCGCACCCGCAACCGCAUGAUGGACGAGAGUCUGGCGCAGCUGCUGGUGCUGCUGGAUGACGAUGUGGUGCCGGGGCCGGGGCUGGUGGAGGCGUACGUGCGGGCGGCGGCCCGGAACAAGCAGGCUCUGGGCUUCGUGGGCCCCACGCGGCUUCCCGCCGCCGGCAGCGCCUGGGCCCACGCCGUGCACAUGAGCGACGUGGCCUUCUUCUGGGGGGCGCCCGCCAGUGGCCUGGUGGGGAGGCGGCCCGACGGCACCGUGUGGCUGCCUUGGUGCGUCACUGCCAAUAUGGCGGUGCGCAACACACACCACCGCUUCGACCCGCGCUUCCCGCGCACCGGCGGCGGCGAAGAUAUUGACUUCUGCCUGCGCGCGUGCGGCGGCGGCGGCGGCGGCAUGCUGGCGGUGCCCGAGGCGGCGUGCCGACACCCGCUGUGGAACAACGGUCGCCCCCACGUCUUGCGCUUCGCCAAAUGGGCCGUGGGCGAUGGACAGCUUAUCGAGAUGUAUCCCCACCUCACCUACUGCGCCGCACCCAACCCCUCCGAGCUGAUGCUACUGCUGGCGGCGGCUGCAGCCGCCGCCCUGGCGGCGGCGGCGGCGCUGCAGCUGCCCGUGCUGCUACUGCCCCGGCUGCAGCAGCUGCUGGGCGGUGGCGGCGGCGGCGGCGGUGCGAGUGGCGGCGGUGGCGGUGCCGCGACUGCUGCGCUGUGGGUGCUAGCGGCAGCGGUGGCGGUCGCGCGGCGGAUGGCGGCGGCGGCAGUGGUGGCGGCUGGUGCGAUGGUUGUGUCGGAGUUGCUGUUGGAGCUGGUGCGGCACUGCCUUAACCCGGUGAGCUCGACUACGACCAGCGGGCGGGAAUCUGGGAAUUAGGCGUGCUGGGUAAACGUUGUUUAGCGCGCCCAGGGUGCGGAGCAUGGACGCAUACAGGUGCAUCGCGGGGUCAGGCCGAAUGGUCGCCCGUGGGGUUCCAGGCUUAUCGCGGGUAAGUAUGACUACCUGGGUCACGACAGUCACGCGACGCUCGGUAAAAUGGUGGGUAUCGGUAAGUAACUCCGUCGCGUCAUUGGGCGGGCUUUCGUUUCGUUUUUUAACACAAGGGCACUACCUGUGUCAUCUGUGGAUCGUCAGGGGCCAUCAGGGCUUCAGGAAGUCAGGACGGGUCUUGGCGCUUCUGGCUGGGGCUCGCUUUUCCAAUGAGGGACCUAUGGGCGGGCCUUUGGGCUGAGGGCUUUUAAGCCCCCGGGUAUUGCUUUUGCUAAACUGUACUGUACCUUUCAAAUGGGCCGGGUGCGCGGAGCUGGGGUAGUUUGGGCGACCUGGCGGACUGGGCGACGACGAGCUCAACACCUUCGUCGCCCUGUUCCCGCUGGUCGCGGUACCAGCACCACGCUAUUUGCCUCUUAAGCCCGCGUCACAGGUCCGGGACCCCGUCCGGUGCCCGCGAUGCAUGCGCGAUAUGCCCAUCGGUACCGCUCGGUCACCUUCGGCGACCACCUGAUGGCUCUGGCGGACGGCGGACCUCGUCACGGAAUACGGCCAGGUCGCCGAGGCGUACGGCGCAGCACUACCAUGCACCCGCGACACGUCGCGGCGCGUGUUCACUAUCAGGGGGGUAACUGGAUUCUGGGGGGUGGGGGGCUCGUCACGAACAGCCGCCGCGGCCAUUGCGGCCGCGAGCGUGCCUAGCCUCGGUGCCGCCGUGGAGUGGGGAGCGGGAGGCCAGCUCCCGCCAGCCCACGGCGCACACACGUCACACGCACACACCAGCCUGACACGUCUGGAAACGCUGCAACCG